GAAAUAAAUAACUAGGCUGUACAGCGAUAUGUCUUUGCCGGCAACAAGAGAAAAAAACAACUGUCAAUUUGUAUACUUGUUUUUGUUUCGUUCGUUCUUUGCGCGUCUCCUCACAAACAAAUGGUGUUUUUAACAGAAACCUAUUAGAUUAUUCUAUAAUAUUAAAGUAUUUAAGUAAAAAUGUCGAAUCCAGAAGAAAAUGCAUCUAGAACUAAAAGCGCGGCUAUUGAUCCGAUGGCGCGACUCGCCACAUUCAAGCCGCCCCGAGACUACACUUUGGGUGGACCAAAACCCAACAAAAAGAUAUUCACGCCUAAUUUAAAUGUAUCUAGGAAUAAAAGCAAAGGAUUGUCAACAACUAAAGAGCAGAAGAAGGAAGAUAAAAGUAAGAGGGACCGCAAAAAUGACCGAAACGGCAACCUAUGGAACAAAAACAUAGUCAAGUCUGAUGGUGUAUUUUCUGAAGGUAUGGGGAGCGCAGCGCGCCAUUCAUUUCGAGGCUCCCAGUCCAGAAAUGCAGAAUCUGCCACAUCUGUUCUAAAAAAGCCCACAAUACGAGUCAAAGAUGUCAUUAAAAUCGAUAAAGAAUUGGAAGAACAGAAAAUAAAAGCAGCCGUGUCCCGUGGAACUCUACCUAAUGAUGACAGUGAAAACUUCAAGGAUGUUUUCGAUAAAAAUGCACCAGUCAAAUUACCAAUGGAAAUCACCAUCCAUUCCUACAAACCGGGUAAGGCAAACAAACAUGUCACCAUUAAGACCGAACCAGAGGAACCAGCCAUUCAAAAUGAGACAAAGCCAAUGCCAUCCAUCAAGAAAGAAGUGUACGAAGACACCAAUUUAGUGGAUCUUCUGAACAGUACAGAACCCAAACUCCUUCUGGUGCAGCUCCCAGAUACACUGCCUGGACGCAGUGCUGAAACCGAAGAGAGUUCCUCAGAUCGCAAACCUAAUGAGCAACAGUGUCCACCAGCCAAGCCCGAUGAAGAAUCAAAACCCGAAAACAAGUGUAAUUUGAAGCAGCUUGAAGAAGGUAAAAUCGGCAAGUUAUUGGUACACCGUUCUGGAAAAGUCACCCUCAUGCUUGGAAAUACCAGUUUUGAAGUAAGCUUGGGAACGAAACCAGCAUUCCAUCAGGAAGUUGUUUCAAUGGCUGCGGAUGAAGCGUCCCGUUCUGCCAGUAUUGUAUCCCUGGGUCCUGUGCAACACAAACUAAACAUUGUUCCGGAUUGGGAGACCAUGUUUGCCAAUGUACCGUAGCAUAAGGCCAAGUCCUCAAGCGAAGAGGACAGUGAUUAAAUCUUGCAAUAGAACUAGAACUGCGUGUACUCAAAAGUACAUGAUGAAACCAGUACAAAGUUCUAGACAUUUAUGUUGUGUUUGUGAUUCAUUACUCAGUUUUAUGGUAAUGUCACAUUAAAUGUACUAUGUAAUUUAAUUAAUUACUUCCUUGGAAUAUCAGAGGAAACUAUUGGAUACACUUUAGUCCAAAAAUUACGA